GUGGCGGAAAGUUAUUCCGUAUGUCCCUCCUGGCUUGUUGAGACUUAAAUACUUGGCAAUUAACCUCUCCACAAGCCCAAAAUAUAAAACGAACGGUGUCCAGAAUUUUGCUUGUGGUGAGGAGGGUCGCCCGUUCUCUGUGGCGCCUCAGAGGGAACGUUCGUGGCCCGGCAGAAGGAGAGCAAACACACACAGUGCUAUAUCUCCAUCGGUUUUCUCGCCAGCCAGGAGCCAGCGAGGACUGUGGAGGGACAGGAGGACGCGUGAGUACCCCUACUUGCGUGCUACAUUCCUGGAAGGGUCAGCAGUGGAGGCUAAAUAGGAGACAGUGACAGGAUGUCUUCAGAAUUGGGUGUUGAGCGACCCACCACCCUGUCCCUGUCAGAGGCUCAAGGUGUGGAGAGGCGGGUCCACUUUGAUGAGGUGGAACGGCCGCGCCUUGUUACUGCUCGCCAACACUCCACCCCAUCCACAUCCAGCCCCAGGAAGGCACGGCCAGACCCAGACUUCAAGCCCAAGAGGAAGCGGUCCAUGAGCUUCUCAUCGCCGGGGGAACACCGGUUUGGUAACAAAUGGCGGCCCAAGCGGGUGCGGGUACUGCCCUCCAAAUUUCUCCUGGGUGGCAGCAUCACUGACCCACUCAACUUGGGCUCUCUUGAUAAGGAGGCAGCACAGGGUACAGCAGAGACUUCCACUGCUGUGGGUGGAGGUGCAGCCAUAUCUAAGAGAUCAGCUGCUGUACGAGUCAUCAUCCCGCCCAACAUCAACGAUCCGCUAAACUUGGAUGCUUCUUCAGACAAUGAAGACUUGCACACUGACGCACUCCAGAGGCAGAUGAGGCGGCGGCGGCGAAGGAAGAGGAAGCGGCGGUUGUCUGAGCCGGUGGACGGACACGUUGGCCAGGAGGGAGAAGAAGUGGUAGGAUUGGAGGAAGUUCAAGAAGGAGGAAGCUCCCCGAGUCGACCAGAUCAAGUGACUCUUAAGCCUCUGACCAUUAACACAGAUCUUGUGAGUCCCCCUGGGACAACGGAGGGCCGCAGGGAGAGUAGUGGAGGUCAGCCAGUGACCCCAACAGGAACAAAACCUGGCGGCCCCAGCAGUGCCAUGCAGCGGCCACCCUUCAAGAAGCAGCGGCACAAGUCUGACAACAAGAUAGUGAGCCCGGUGAUCCCACAGCCUGGGGGGGAGCGCAAGCGGCAUCCCAGCCAUCCAAGGCACCACACUGAGCGGCCACACCUCUCCCAGCAGAACCUACAGCCUCCCCGUAGCUAUAAUCCCAAGAGUGAACUGUUCCAGUUUGGUAACUACAACAAGUAUUAUGGCUACCGGAACCCUGACCAGACCCCCGAUGUGAGGCUGGAGUACCUAAAGCGGGAGUGGUUUGACGGCCGUGAGGUGUUGGACAUUGGGUGUAAUAUUGGCCAUGUGACAUUGACAGUGGCUCGAGACUUUAAUCCUAAACGUGUGGUGGGAAUUGACAUUGAUAAGAAGCUGGUGAAUAUUGCACAGAAAAACAUCAAACAUUACCUACGGAAAGGCGAUGCAGAGGAGGCCAACUUUCCCAAGUCUAUGCGUCUCCUCUAUGGUCCCCUCAGGCCUCCAGUGCAGGCCGAUGGGUUUAGGUCCUUUCCACACAAUGUUAAGUUUGUCCAUGGCAACUACGUGCUGGAGUCUGAUGAGCUGCUGGAGACAGUUCGCCCAGAGUUUGAUUUGGUGCUGUGCCUGAGCAUCACCAAAUGGAUCCACCUUAACUGGGGGGAUGCUGGCCUCAAACGCUUCUUCCGGCGCAUUUUCUAUAACUUGCGUCCUGGUGGGCGGCUGGUACUGGAGCCUCAGGCUUGGCCAUCCUACAACAAACGCAGAAAGCUCACGAAACGCAUCUUUGACAAUUACAAAAGCAUCUGCCUGUUCCCUGAUAAGUUCAAUGACUUCCUCCUUCAUGAGGUGGGCUUCAGCACCAGUGAGAAGCUGGUCACACCAAACCACACUGCCCGAGGUUUCCAGCGACCGAUCAUCAUCUACACUAAGGCAGGAGGUAGUACCAAGUCCAGCCCAGUGGGAGAGAGCAGCACUGCUAACACUAGUGUUGCGACCACCACUACUGCUGCCACGAUCACCACUAGUGUCAUCGGAGACGAUGAUGUCUUCAGCACUGAGGCAAUCGGACACAGCAAGGAACCCAGUCAGAAAAAAGGAGAGAAAAGGCGGAGAGAUAGUGAGAAAGCAGAGGAAUCGCCUCUCAUUAAAGAAGCUCAAAGACAGCAGCAGGAGCAGCACAAGGACUCUUGUCCUUCACGACAGCCUCACACCAGAGUACACAAUUGUGACAAAGCACCAAUUCCUUGCACUUCUUGCCCCACCUCAGAGAAGGUGGUACAUGUCUGUGAUAGUAGUAUUAAUGAUGAACUAGUUCUCAGGGUUGUUGGAGAUAAGACAGCAUCCUACAUCUCUACCACUACCACUCUCUCUUCCUCCCACAUCUCUAUUCCUUCUGACAGCUCCAUUACUACAACUAGUACUUCUAGUAUUAUUACAACUGGUACUACUACUGUACCCACCUUAAGUACUAACAUCUCUGUUCCAAACACCACCAAGCAUUCCUUCAACACACCGUCAUCUGCUAGCCAGGAGAGAGAAGGUCCAGCAUCUUCAGGUGUCGCAUCUCCCAAGCCCACUGUAACCCCCGACUCAAAUUGUAGCAAACCAUUGGCUGUGGAAAUAGGUAAGAAGACAAAUGAAGACAGAGAGGAACACAGAGACAGCAUUAAGGCAGAGAGAAGUACAGAUCUCUCCACUCUUUCCAUUCCCAACACCCUCAAUCAACAUUGUGGUCGAGAAGGCACCCUUGGCCAGGCCAAGAGGAAGAUGCCAGGCUGUGAAGACAAAGAGGAGGCCACUAAAAGAGUCCGGCUAGGAAACACUUGAACUUAAGAGACACGAGAUAAAGACUGCAAUGGAGAAUAAAAUGUAAGAUUAUUGAUGUGAAAUUUUGUUGUCCAUCCUUUGUUAUUUUCCUUUCUUUUCUCGUGACCUUUAUAUCUUCUUUUCAUUUGGUGUACAAAGAAGUCAUCUCAAUAUAAUUUUUGAUUAAA